AUGACUUCCGAGGCAUCCCCUUCUGCCGAUGCGGCGCCCGCGAAGGCUGGCAAAUCCCCCUCCACUUCCCCAAAGGGGUCGAAACCAGGAUCGCCCAAGGACGCCUCCCCGCAGCCCGCAACGAUUGCGGGGAUCCUUCCCGCCCAGCACUGGGUCGAUACGGCAGAGGAACACGAGGUGGACAACAGCGACGCCGCGUCAAUCGGGAGCGUCGGCACCUCGACCGACUCUCUGACCUCCAGCAUCCUCAAGUACCGUAAGAUCCACGGCAGGACCUAUCAUAGCGAGGUCGGCAAUGCAAGCUACUGCCACCAUGUUCUCACGCUCUUGAUCGGCGGUAAGCUGUUCAAAGCUCCACUGGACACCAGCAAGAUUCAGAAAGUCCUUGAUGUCGGCACUGGAGCGGGAACCUGGGCCAUCGACUUCGCCGAUGAACAUCCCAAUGUUGAAGUCAUUGGAACCGACAUUUCUCCCAUUCAACCUGCUUGGGUACCACCGAAUUUGAAGUUUGAGAUCGAGGACUGCACUCGAGACUGGUCCUUCGAGCCUGAAACCUUCGACUACAUCCAUAUCCGAUGGUUAAUAGGCAGCGUCAGUGACUGGGAGGAUGUCUUCACCGAAGCAUACAAGGCCCUAAAGCCCGGGGGCUACCUGGAAAGCUUCGAGGGCGCCGCCAUCGUCGAAAGCGACGACAACACCGUAUCAGAGACCUCUGCGCUAGGCCAGUGGGGCAAAAUCUUUAUCAAUUUCGGCGAGAGCAUCGGCAGACCCUUCACCAUAGUUCCCGACGAGGUGCAGAAGAAGGCGAUGCAGGCAGCGGGCUUUGUAGAAAUUGAUGAGGCCAACUAUAAGACCCCCGUUGGAGCCUGGCCUAAGGACGAGAAACUCAAGGAAAUCGGCCAAUACGCCCAGCUCGUCCUCGAGAACGACACCGAAGGAUACCUCCUAUACCCGGCGACCACUAUAGGCUGGACGGCCCAAGAAGUUUCCGUCUUUACAGUUCAUGUACGGAAGGCAAUCCAGUCGCCGCAGGUUCACUCAUACUACCGCCAGAAGGUAGUCUGGGAACGGAAGCCUCUAAAUACAUAG